GACAAAGACGGCAUCAAUCGCCAGUGAGCUGGUGUCACCACCACGAGGUUCUACCAGUAUCACUCUUGAAUAUACAGCCUCGUGCCAACGUCUUCUCUUGCUUCACGCAUUGUAACGCCGUGUCCCUAUACUCGCACACAAUGCAUCGAUUCCACCGCCUCAACUGUCGCUUCUUCUCGACAACUCAUCGCAGCCAGCACUCGGACCUCGUCGGCGCGACAGCACACAUGCUCAAGCAGGCAGUCUUGCCGCUGGUCACCUCGAAAGGCACGGCCUCGCCGCUCACGCUUCGGGUGCUGGACGCUGGCGCCGGCGGCCAUUCGAUGCCACUGCUCUCGACCGUACUCACGCAGUGCGAGCAGCUCGUUCCGUGGGAGACUCGUCGCGAGUAUCUCGCCUUGCACGCGUCCAGCAGCCGCGCCGAUGUAUCGGCGCUCGUCGAUGCGCUGGCGUCGGACCAUUCGUACGUGCCGUCGCACGCGAAUGCGUUCGCCGGUGUCCUCCACAACAGCAACUUUCAGCAGCUCGUGCCACACAACUCGGUGGACCUCUGCGUCUCGUACGCUGCGCUCCAGUGGCUUUCCAUGUUGCCGUCGUCCGUGCCAGGGCCGAUGCUCACGCCCGACAACGUCUCGGGCGACGUGACGUGGCAAGCGGCAGCGACCGCCGACUUGACCGCCUUUCUCACGUUACGUGCGGCCGAAGUCGUCGACGACGGCGUAUUGUCGAUGACGCUCAUGGCCGACGUCGGCGCGUCGACCAUGGGCUUGAUGGUGUCGGCGGUCGAGUCGGCGCUCACAGACCUCGUAGCGCUCGAUCUGCUUUCGCCGACCUCGCUCGACGCGAUCGCCAUUGGCUGGUACCUGCGCAGCAUGGACGACGUGGCUACCGCAGCCAGUGUCGUCGUCGACAAGUGGGACCGCAUCGAGCUGCGCGCGAUCUCGUUGCCGAUGCAGACGCCGAAUGCAACCGCGAUGGCCAUGUCCAUCCUCUCGCUCUUGGGGCCCGCGCUGGCGUCGGGCUUGACGGAGCUCGAGCGAUCCAACCCAGCGCUGGAGAGUGCGCUGAUCGAGCGCUUGACUGCGCGCUUUACCGAGCCUGUCUGCGUCCGUGACAAGACCGCACCGCUCUAUGACGUCAUGACGAUCGACUACAUUUACGCAGCGUUCGCGCGCCGCCACCGCGCGCUUUCGAUCUAGUCGGAAACGAUUCUCGGUGAAGCAGAUUUCGGCCAGAUUUCAGAUUUCAGAUGUAAGAAACAAAACACCAGCUUACAUUCUAGUGUG